AAAAAGACAAAGAACCCCAAAUUUAAAAAGUGUUGUGGUGAUGGGAAGAUUCAACUUCCACUUUUGAAAAGCCCCCCAAAUGUGUUGAAGCAUCUUAUGUUUGAUUGUGAUUCCCCUGAUAGCAAGAAUUUUCAACAGCAUAUACGUGCAUAUAACAUGAUGUUUGCUUUCACAUCACCUGGAGCAAAACUAGAUACGUCAAUAAAUGAUGGCAAAGGGCCGCCUACCAUUAGAAUACAAGGACAAACAUGUCAUCUGAUUGGUAGCCUAUUGCCUAAGCCUGGUGAUUCUCCAAAAUUUGCACAACUUUAUAUAUAUGACACUGAGAAUGAGGUGCAAAAUAGACUAUCUACAUUCAGGAAUCAGGAUCAUCUCAAGCCAGAAAUUAUGAGGAGGUUGUCUGCUAUGCUUGAUCACGAUAAUGCAUAUGCAAAAUCAUUUAGAAUGGCAAAGGAGAGAUUUAAAGCUUCACAUAUACAUGACUGCAAGUUAAAACUCAUUUCUGAUAGAGCUACCGAUGGAAGAAUAUAUAACUUACCGUCUGUUUCUGAAGUUGCUGCUCUUAUUGUUGGUGAUGUUGACGUGGGGUCAAACAGAGACAUAAUACUUGAAUGGCAAAGUGGAAAAUUGAAAAGAAUAAAUGAGUUAUAUCCGGGCUAUUUAGGUUUGCAAUAUCCACUUUUAUUUCCUUAUGGUGAAGAUGGAUAUAGGCAUGACGUGCUACAUAGAAAUAGUCCUGGCUCUAAAAAAUCCAAACGAAACAAAGUUACUAUUAGAGAGUGGAUAUCUUUCAGACUUCAAAUGCGUAGAGAUGAAGGGCAAACUUUGUUGAGAGCCAGGAGACUGUUUCAACAGUUUAUAGUCGAUGCAUACACUAUGAUGGAGUCUGAUCGGUUGUCUUAUAUUAGGAAUCAUCAAAAAGAGUUGAGAGUUGAUAAAUAUAGCAGUUUGCAAACUUCUCAAGUUGAUCAUACUCAAAAUCAGGGAUCAAAUAGAGGGAAAAGAAUCAUAUUGCCCUCAACAUUUGUAGGAGGUCGUAGGUUCAUGGAUCAGUUGUAUUUUGAUGGCAUGGCAAUCUGUAGUGCCGUUGGCUUUCCUGAUUUGUUCCUUACAUUCACAUGCAAUCCAAAUUGGCCAGAAAUUAAAAGGUUUCUUAAACCAAUGAAGUUAACAGCACAAGAUCGUCCUGAUAUUGUCUCUAGAGUUUUCAAGAUUAAAUUUGAAGAACUAAUGACAGAUUUAAAGAAGGGAAAAAUAUUUGGUCGUGUGCUUGCAUAUAUAUAUACAAUUGAGUUUCAAAAGAGAGGGUUGCCACAUGCGCACAUUCUGGUUUUCUUGCAUCCAGAUAACAAGUAUCCAAAUCCAGAGGAUAUUGACAAAAUUAUUUCAGCUGAAAUACCUAACCAAGAACAUGAGAGAGAGUUAUAUCAAAUAGUCAGUUCUCAUAUGAUACAUGGUCCUUGUGGUUCAGCUAAUAAAUCAUCACCAUGCAUGAAAAAUGGGAAAUGUUCCAAGUACUUUCCUAAGCAAUAUCAGAGUGGUACUAUUGUUGACAAGGAUGGUUAUCCAAUAUACAGGAGAAGAAAUAAUGGCAACACCGUUGAAAAAGGAGGUAUCAUUCUUGACAACCGUUAUGUUGUUCCCUAUAAUCCAACACUCUUAUUGAAGUAUCAGACACAUAUGAAUGUUGAAUGGUGUAAUCAAAGUACUUCUAUAAAGUACUUAUUCAAAUACAUCAACAAAGGGUAUGAUCGAAUCACUGCAGCUAUUGUCCCUACUAAAGAUCAAAAUGGAAAUCAAGUUGAUGUAAUGGAUGAAAUUAAACAAUAUCUUGAUUGUCGAUAUAUCUCAUCAUGUGAGGCAUGUUGGAGAGUUUUGGCAUUUCCAAUACAUGGUAGAUCCCCUGCGGUUGAAAGAUGUUAUUUUCAUCUUCCCGGUGAACAUUGUGUGUAUUUUAAUGAUGAUGAUGAUAUUGGUUCCGUACUCUCUAAAGCAACUGUUAAAGAAUCAAUGUUUACAUCAUGGUUGAAUGCAAAUAAGAUCUAUCAUGAAGGUAGAAAUUUGACUUAUGCACAGUUUGUGUCAAAGUUUGUUUACAAGGCAAAAAAAAGAUGUUGGCAACUUAGGAAGCGGGGUUACACUGUUGGACGACUUAAUUGGGUUCCUCCAAUUUCUGGUGAACUUUUUUACUUGAGAAUGAUGUUAGCUGUUGUUAAGGGACCAUGUAGCUAUGAAGACAUCAGAACUGUGGGCGAUAUUCUACAUCCUACCUUUCGCGAGGCAUGCUUUGCAAUGGGAUUCUUGGAAGAUGAUAGAGAGUAUAUUGCAGCUAUUAAGGAAGCGAAAGAUUGGGGACCAGGUCACUAUUUAAGAAAGUUAUUUUUAAGAUUGCUAAUCUCCAACAGCAUUACGAGACCUGAGAAAGUGUGGCAGCAAACAUGGCAAUGGCUAUCAGAAGAUGUUCUUUAUCAACAAAGAAAGCUAUCAAAUAUCCAAGACUUGCAGCUUAGUGAUAAUGAAUUGCAAAAUAUAACUCUUAUGCUGAUUGAAGAGUUACUGCAAUCAAAUAGAAGAAGUCUGAAGGAUUUCCCAUCAAUGCCUUAUCCACAAGGAUAUGUCACAAAUCGUUUGGGAAACAAGCUCAUAUAUGCUGAACGUGAUUAUGAUACAACUAAAUUGAAUGAGGAGUUCCAGAAUUACUUCAAGUCUCUCACAGAUGAGCAAAGGACUAUAUUUGACACAAUCAUGAAAGCAGUUUCUGACGAGCAGGGUGGGAUGUAUUUCUUAUAUGGUCAUGGUGGUACCGGAAAAACAUUUAUGUGGAAGACACUAGCUUCAGCUUUACGUGCAAAAGGAGAUAUUGUUUUGACUGUAGCAUCCAGUGGGAUAGCAUCUUUAUUGAUGCCAGGAGGAAGAACAGCACACUCUAAAUUUGCUAUCCCAGUGCCUACAUCAGAGAACUCAACUUGCAAUAUUCACCAAGGAAGUGAAUUGGCAGGAUUACUGAAAGUGGCUAAGCUAAUUAUAUGGGAUGAGGCUCCAAUGUCACACAAGUUUUGCUUUGAAGCAUUAGAUAAAAGUCUUAGAGAUAUCAUGAAUUGCUCUAAUAAUGUAAAUGCUCCUUUUGCAGGAAAAGUGAUUGUCUUUGGGGGUGACUUCAGACAAAUUCUUCCAGUUAUACCAAAAGGUAAUGAAAGAGAAUAUUUGAGCUCUGAUUCAAUUGACAAAUCAGAAGCACUUCAAAAUCCAAUACUUCAGACUCUUACACCUGAGUUUCUGAAUUCACUUAGAACUUCUGGUCUCCCUAAUCACAAGAUCAAAUUGAAAAUUGAUCAUGUUAUUGGAGCUAAGGAAAUCUCUGGAAAGAACAAGGGAGUUGUGACUUACAUUACUAGAAUGUGCAUGUCCCCAUCUCAAUCACCAUGGCCUUUUAAACUUGUAAGGAGACAAUUCCCCAUUAUUGUCUCAUAUGCUAUGACUAUCAACAAGUCACAGGGUCAAUCACUAGCUAAUGUUGGAGUGUAUUUGCCUAAGCCAGUGUUUAGUCAUGGUCAAUUGUAUGUGGCCUUUUCUAGAGUUCAAAGUAAACAAGGUUUGAAGAUCUUAAUACAUGAUAGUGAAGGAAAACCCUUAAACACAACUACUAAUGUUGUGUUCAAGGAGGUCUUUCAAAAUUUACAGUAGGUUUUUGAUAUAUAUCAUAAUAAAACUUCAUUCCGGGUUUAGGUGCACUUACAUGAUUACAUGACGCGGAAGAAGUAUUUUGUCCUCAUUUGGGAGUUCUCAACUUCCUAAUCCUGCUUUUUGGUAUGUUUACAUAUUGUGGAAGAAGUUUUUUUUUCAUCUGGGAGUUCUCAACUUCCUCAUCAUGGUCGAUGCACCAUUUUUGUUGUCCAAAUUUACAACUUGCUGAAGUGUUACUUUUUGGAGAUUUGCUUGCAAUGGAAGUACAAGUUUCAGCUCUUGAUUCUACAAAGUCACAACAAAUCAUGUGAAAUUCAAAAUAUUGGGCUGUGGAUGCUCCAAUCAUCUACCAAGGUUCAACCUUUGUGUCGUCACUACUCGAUUCAAGAAAGGUUCUUCUCAACGAUUCAAGUGGCCACCGUAUGCAUAUGGUGUUUGGAUUUAUCAAAUCUAAAUCAAAAUUACAAUUAUUUGUUCUUUCACACAUGUUUGCCUGGAUUUUUAGUUUACAUGGAUAUAACUAUUUGUAAGGUUAUAAUGUAUAAUGUAUUCUGUCAUCAAAUUUGGAUAACUGACCUCAUGGGUGUUGUGAUUCAAUCACUUUUGUUUCACGCAAUAUUUAUAGUAGUAA